AUGUUGAAACAAAGCCAAAGGAGAGCGUCGUGGAGCAACAAGUCCUGGGACGCAGCAGAGAUCAAUCCCCAGGAAUCUCUCAAAGAAAUGGGAGCACAACACCGGAAGAGUAUCUGCUCCAUUGGGGCAGCCUCUCAGAUAAGCCUUCCCCCAUGGAUGGAGGGCAACUAUAACUACUACAUUGAGGAUGAGGAGGGAGAGGAGUUGGAGGAGUGGGAAAAGGAGCCACCAGAAGAGAACCUACCUGAGGAAACUGAAGUACCCACGAGCGCUCCCAGCACCCUAGGCCCGUCCUCCACGCUGAAUGUCAAUGUGGGUGGCCAGAGCUACCGCCUGGACUAUCGCGAACUGCUCUGCUACCCCAAGACGCGUCUAGGCCGCCUGGCCACUUCCACCAACCGCAGCCGCCAGUUGGGCCUCUGUGACGACUAUGUGGCCCAGGCAGACGAGUACUUCUUCGACCGCGACCCGGCUGUCUUCCAGCUGGUCUACAACUUCUACGCCUCCGGAGUACUGCUGGUGCGGGAUGAGCUGUGUCCACGCAGCUUCCUGGAGGAACUGGGCUACUGGGGAGUCCGGCUCAAGUAUACCCCGCGCUGCUGCCGCAUCUGCUUCGAGGAGCGGCGGGAUGAGUUGAGCGAGCAGCUCAAGAUCCAGCGGGAGCUGCGCGCCCAGGCCCAGGUGGAGGAAGCCGAGGAGCUCUUCCGAGACAUGCGCUACUAUGGGCCGCUACGCCGCCGCCUCUGGAACCUCAUGGAGAAGCCUUUCUCCUCAGUGGCAGCCAAGGUAAUAGCCGUCGCUUCCAGCUUCUUCGUACUCAUCUCUGUCGUGGCGCUGGCCCUCAACAGCGUAGAGGAGAUGCAGCACCAGUCAGAGGAGGGCAUGGGCGGCGGGGACCCGCGCCCCAUCCUGGAGCACGUGGAGAUGAUCUGCAUCGCCUUCUUCACCCUGGAGUACCUGCUGCGCCUCGCGUCCACACCUGACCUGCGACGCUUCGCUCGCAGUGCACUCAACCUCGUGGACCUCAUUGCUAUCCUGCCCCUCUACUUGCAGCUGCUGCUGGAGAGCUUCAUGGGUGAGGACCACGCCGGUGGCAAGGGCUCGCCCAGGGAGCAUGACAUCGAGACCGUGGGCUGCGUGGGCAAGGUGGGACAGGUCCUGCGCAUCAUGCGCCUCAUGCGGAUUUUCCGUAUCCUCAAGCUGGCUCGCCACUCCACAGGGCUGCGGGCCUUCGGCUUCACGCUGCGCCAGUGCUACCAACAGGUGGGCUGCCUCUUUCUCUUUAUCGCCAUGGGCAUCUUUGCCUUCUCAGCCGCUGUCUACUCGGUGGAGCACGACGUAGUGGGCACCAACUUCACCAGCAUCCCUCAUGCCUGGUGGUGGGCUGCUGUGAGCAUAUCCACAGUAGGCUAUGGAGACAUAUAUCCAGAAACUCACCUAGGCAGGCUUUUUGCUUUCCUCUGCAUAGCCUUUGGAAUCAUCCUAAAUGGGAUGCCCAUCUCUAUUCUCUACAACAAGUUCUCUGAUUACUACAGCAAACUGAAGGCCUAUGAGUACACUGCUGUAAGGAGGGAAAGAGGAAAGGUCCACUUUACUAAAAGAGCUGUGAAGAAAAUGUCUGAAUGUCUAACGAGAAGCAUCACCCAUCGGAUUCCAAGGGAAGGGAAUUAA